AUGAAGUCACGAGAGCUACAAGAGUUGAAGACGCUCGACUCAGACGGCCAUGCUACAGAGAACGGCUUCAGCUUCCGGAUACGAUCCGACUUGUCGGAGUUGAAGCCGAUCACAGUCCCGAUCCCUUUGGCCGGCAUCAUUAAGACACACCAAGCUCCAGAAUCCACAAAGUCAUGGAGUCGGUUUUGGCCGUGUAAGUCUUUGAAUGAUGUAGAUGUUACUUUACCUUAUGUAUUUAGGUACUCUAUACUUCGUUUUUAAUCAAAAGGAGACUGCUUUAACAAUUAUGUUUCAGCAAACUACAUGUCGACCUUCUUUGGCAACGUCGGCUACGUGAUUGGAGGGCAUCCGAUCGUCUUCUUCUUGCUGGGUAUCUUAAUAUGUGUAGCUGGAAGUAAGUCUAAAAUCGUGUAGUUAAUGACUUCUUUUAAGGCGUGGGGAUCUUGUUCGUGGACUUCCGAGACAACGUCAGAGAUGGCUACACUCCGACCACCUCCAGAGCCAGGGUAGAAUCCGAUUACCUGAGGCAGUUUAUGAAUUCAUCAGGUGAGUAGUCCUUGGAUGGAGGUGGCAUCCUUAAUAUCUGACUGUUGAGUUUUUAAAUUUAGGAGAUCCGACUUCAACGAUAUUAUUGUUUCGAGCCAAAGACAAUGGCUCCAUGCACAGGUUGAGGUACUUGAAGGAGACUACUGACACUGCCGACUUCUUGAGUACACUACCAGUGCUAUGUACUGACACUGCGACGUGUACCUACAAAGAUGUCUGUGGAUCCUUUUGCUUCAGCUCUUUCUUCGUCAAACAGUUCUAUGUAAGUCAUGGUCAAGUACUAAAAAGUACUGUCUAAGUACUACUGUAUUGUUUUAACUAGUUUGAGAUUCAAGGCUUUAAACUUACUGUUGAUCAAUAUCCAAAUUUAGACCGGACUAAAGAGACAAGUCGGGUACUAUCACAAAGGAGUGCCAUUAUCUAACGGCACCCAACUGUCAUUGCCUCGAGGUAAAGCUGAUGGAGUCAAGUACGAGUUGGAAGGGAACUUCUUUGGAGUCAAACGACGAGCUCCAAAUGAUACUCGACCCCUACCUGUUGGCAUCGUACCGGUCAGUAACUGCAGCUGCGAAUCGCCGGAACUGACUGAAGUCAAAGCAGUGUCGUAUGUUGACUACAUUGAGGUAUGUUUCAAAGAGUAUAUGUUAUAUGUGUUUACAUUAUUGUAAAUUACUUACUUUCAGUUGAUUAUGAUUGUCUUCCGUGGUGACUUCAAGAAUCCAGGAGACGAAGUGAAGAUGAAAGGUUGGGAAAUGGGUAUCCACAAGCACUUGAAGGUCAUGAACACUAGUCUGGUUGAGGUGCUGGCUUUAGGCAAUGAGAUUGUGGACUAUGAGAUGAAAGAAGAUGGCAGGAAGAUGGCUCCUUUCUUCGCCGCAGGUAAAAUUAUGCAAAUUUUUAUCAAUUUUGGUUUUAUUUGGUAUUACUUUGGUCAAAAAGUACAUAGAAAUGCCAUUUUAAAUACUUACUUUUCUACCAUUUUUACAAUAACUUUGCAAAAUAUUACUUUAGGCCUACUUUUAACGAUCAUCUUCGUUUACUGCUCAGUAAUAGCCGACUCGGUGGUAGCUGAUGUACUAGACUCUGGUAAAGUAAUUAUGGCAGGCUUUGUCAUCAUCUGUCCAGUACUAUCACUACUGACCACCUUUGGCAUCUUCGGCUGGUUCGGGUUCAGAGUGAACUCAGUAUCAAUGAUAACACCGUUCUUGAUCAUGGGGAUCGGCGUGAACGAUGCCUUCUUGCUGCUACACGGCUGGUACCGUACUCCCAUCAAGAACAUUUCUUUGUCUCAGAGGAUAGGACUGGUACUAGAGAACGUGGGUCCCUCGAUCACCAUCACCACCAUCACAGACGUCACCACCUUCAUACUCGGCUCCUUCACCCCGACCGAGGAAAUUAGCAUAUUCUGUUCAAUUACUGCCGCCUCCUUGUUCCUUUGCUACUGGUUCACCUUGCUGUUGUUUGUACCUAUUAUGACAUACUGUACCAGGCUGGAGGCUCACCAUUACUCUCCCAACUCUGAUGUUAUACCUCAUAAAGUAAGUACUUUCCUAUCAUAUCACUACGCACAACACUUUUUACUUUAAAAUUGAAGAUUACUGUUACUUUUUUAACUUAUGUUAUUCAGGAGACCAGACUUAGCCGGAUAUACGACAAAGUUUCGGUAGCCUACUGUAAGUUCAUCAUGCACCCAGCCACUGGUAUCAUCGUAUGUUUGAUUGUCAUAUUGACAUUGACCGCCGCUAUCAUUGGCUUUAUCAGAAUAGAUUCUCGGCUAGAUACGGAGAAGAUUCUACCUCACGACUCUCCCAUCCGCACACCUCACGAGCUGAUAGCUCACAACGUGUGGACAGAGUACUACCCCGUCUCCAUCUUCGUCAAUCUUCCAGUAGAUCUGGACAAUAAGACUGUCAGGAGUAAUGUCAGACAGAUGGUCACCGAGUUCGAGAGUGAAGAGAAGUGCAAAGGUACGGUCUUGCUAUUGAUCUACUACAAUAUUGUUGAUGGUUUUGUAUAACACACUAUAUUUGUGCAUAACAUUAUACCUGUUUACGGGAUUUUGCAAGAAUAUUUGUGGAAUGACAUGUAAACAAAAGUUGUGUAAUGUAAAAUAAUAUAGUAAUAUAUUAUACUUGAGGAGCUGAUUAACAUAAUUUAGGGCGAGAGUUCACUCGGUUGUGGAUCAACGACUACGAAGCCUUCAAGAAGGAGCAACUUGACUUCGGAGAGAUGUUUGACUUUGACCUGGAAGAAGAUACGACCACAGUAAAGCCAAGAGCCACUGUAAAGCCUUACUACGAGAAGCUGGAGAGCUUUCUGGGUCAAUUCUAUUAUCACCAUUACACCUCUUUCCUUCAGCUGGAUUACUCUGAGUAAGAUAAGGUCCAACUGCUACCUAUUUCGGUCAAAAGUUGAAUAGAACUGUUCACAAUAUACUGAUACAUUACCACAAAUUAUUUUUUAAAAAUAACUUUAAAUCUCUACUUUUGUCUAGAGCAAUAUUUACAGAGAAGUCCCAGUCCGAAAGUUCUGGUUUACCGUGGUAUACCAUAAUACGACCAACUGGGGCGAGAAGAUAGCCCUAAUGGUACGCUUGAGAGGUAUCGCCGACCAGUUCAGUAACCUUGGUGUGAGUAUCUGGGAGGUGAACGGAAUGUUUGUGGAUCAGAUGUUGUCAUUGAAGAGACUAACUUACUACGUAUGUUAUCCUUUAUAAGUUACAAUAUAUUGUGCAAUUAAUGUUGUCAUAGGCUGGAGAAGGUUGACUACCAGGGUUGGACGCAGGGCAGGGCAUGAGCCCUGUAACAGGGCAUUUUUGAAUUGUUUUUUGGCGCGCUUUUUUUACUUUUUUUUUGGCUAGGCCUAAAAACGCAAAAAUUUCUAGAAAUGGGUUUUAAACACUGCUAAUCCAUUUUACGUUGUUAUUUUAUUGAUAGCUAUUACAGUUUUCAAGAUAUGAGUUUGGCGGGAAAACGAAAUUCAAAAAAAUGCCCUGUUGAAAUGCCCUGCCCUGCCCUGCGUCCAACCCUGUUGACUACAUCCUUCUCCGACCUUAUUGUAGACUAUAUACUUUAAAAACUGUAAUUGUACUUUUGAAGUCACCGUAUUAUAUUCUAGAACGGCAUAAUAACCGUGGUGUGUAUGGCGAUCAUCAGCAUCAUCUUCAUCAGCCAUGCCUACCUGAUAUCGCUGGCGGUGAUGUCAAUCACGGCCAUCGCUCUGGAAGUGAUCGGCUUCUUAUCGUGGUGGGGGCUGGACCUGGACCCGGUCACGUUGUGUGCCUUCCUCAUGAGUGUGGGUAUGAGCGUAGACUUCACAGCCCACAUCGCUUAUCACCUCAAGGUAGGGUAAAAAUUUGACAAGUGGUUGUCAGUCAUCAGAUGAAUGAUAAUAUUGGUAAAAAAGACAAACAAGUUGAAGAACAACAAGCAAUUCUACAGACUUUUAGACCCUUAUUGAUAGAAAAUGACAGUUUUUAGCGGAAAUAGCUGUUUUGCACUUUUAUCAGUCUAAAAAACGUCAAAAAUGAUUUUUUUAUAUAGUAAUGUCAAUUGGUGGUUACUUUCAGCUGACAGAUAUAAUCAGAGUCCACCACUCUCACUUGUACCGAUACGAACUCAAGACUCGUGAACAUCAGGUGAUAGCCACUCUCGAGGCCGUAGGGUGGCCCACGGCUCAGGCCGGGUUCAGUACGGUGAUUUGCAUAUUACCGCUGAUUACUUUGCAAGUAGGUACUCACUUAUUCUACAUUGUUUCUGAUGACUAAGUAUACUGUAACCAGCCAUUCCACUUCAGAAUCUGUAUUCUGUAACUAAUUUCAGAACUACAUUCCCUUGGUAUUCGUGAAGACGAUAUCUCUGGUGGUAAUCAUAGGAUUACUACACGGGCUACUGGUCCUACCCUCCUUCUACUGUCUGUCGUGGCAGUGUAUGGAGUACCUGGAGAAGGUAUUCGGAUGUAAAGAAGCGGCCGAACCGUCCAAGAUGAACGGCGUCACGGAGACGCUGAUUGACAGUCAAUGA